AUGGCUGAUCUUCCUUCGCCACGAGUGAAUGUAAGCCGAGCAUUUUUACAUGUUGGUGUUGACUUUGCUGGACCUUUGACUAUGAGAGAGUCGUUAAGAAGAAAAGCAACCACUGCCAAGACUUACAUCUGUGUUUUUGUCUGCAUGGCAACUAAAGCCUUGCAUUUAGAGCUGGUAACCGCACUCUCAACAGAUGCCUUUAUGGCUGCUUUCAGACGUUUUAUUUCUAGAAGAGGUCUUCCUGAACAAGUGUAUUCCGACUGUGGAACCAACUUCAGAGGAGCAGCUAAUCGUCUUCGAGAGUUAGGAUUAUGGUACUCCAAUCAGACUACACAAGAAGAAAUUCUACAGCAAACUACUAAACUGGAAGUAAAAUGGAAUUUCAAUCCUCCCUAUUCCCCACACUUUGGUGGACUGUGGGAGUCGGCAGUUAAAUCAACAAAGACACAUUUGAGGAAGAUAGCUGGAGAAACUGCUUUGACUUAUGAAGAGUGGUCAACCUUGCUCACCCAAGUAGAAGCAGUUCUGAAUUCAAGACCACUUUGUCCUUUGUCAGCUAGUCCAGAAGAAACUAAUUUUCUUUCUCCAGGACACUUUCUUGUUGGAUGCCCUCUUGUUGCUCCUCCCGAACCUUCUCUUCUUGAUCUUCGAGAAAACGUCCUUACAAGAUGGCAACUAGUCCACAAGAUGGUUCAACAUUUUUGGAAGAGGUGGCGAGUGGAAUACUUGAACAUCCUGCAAGCGAGAGGAAAAUGGACAAGAUCUUCUACAAACCCUAAAAUCGGAGACUUGGUUCUUCUUAAGGAUCAAAAUGUACCUAUCUUGCAGUGGCCUCUUGGAAGAAUCAUCAAGACUCACCCAGGCAGUGAUGGAAUUGUUCGAGUGAUGACUGUCAAGACCAGUGACUCUGAAUUCCAACGUCCAGCUGUGAAAUUGGUACCUCUUCUUUCAAUCAAUUCUGACCCUUUUAAGUAA